CGCACUCCAACAUUCCUGCGACCUCGACUUUUGAAUAGUCUCGCCUCACGAUGUCAGAAAAAGCAAACUACGAGCCCAACGGACAAGGACCUCCCAGCUACGGGCCCCCGGGCCCUGCGCAGCCGGCGCCUGUCGUGCCGGGCACGCAGCCUCCUUACCAUCCCACCGAGCCCAACCCCGAGAUCCAGGUCCAGGCCAUCGGCUACCCAGCAGGACAACAGCAGCCACAAAACGCCGCUCCGCAAAUGGACCCGCCACAGCCCUACGUUCAGGGACAGCCUCAGCCAAGUCAAUACCCCACGGCUUUCCCUCUGCACGCGCUGCAACGGACUCCCCAGGUCGUUGACUGCCCUGCUUGUCAUCAGCGAGAGAUGACUCGGACAGAAGCAGUGAAUGGAAACUCAACACAUGCUUGGGCGGCGGUGCUCUGCUGCUGCGCGUGCGUCGGGUGCAUUCCCUACUUUGUCGCUUACUUCAAGAACGUUGACCAUCACUGCGGGAGAUGCGGUCAGCUUCUCGCAACUUUCCACGGGAGCGGGCAUGUGGUGGUGCACCCGCAAGGAGGACAAGUGCAGCAGGCUCCCAAAUAAUUUGACUGUAUUUUUUUUGUAAUUUGAUGGUUGUAAUGUUCAAGAUUCCCUAGUCGAUUGGAUUAUGUACUUAGUGUUAUUGAUUAGAUAAUCCUAAUUUGUGAUGG